AUGGCCGCUUCCCAAGUGAUAGCCAAAUUCACGACCGAGUUGGAGUACGUGGACAUCGAUAGACUCCUCCAGGAACUGUGGAAGGAGGGCGUCAUAAAGCCGCAACCGUAUUUUCAAGCCAGAAAUAAGCCCUUCGAAGAGAAGCUGUCCUUCGUGCAGCUGCAACUCUCCAUCGGAGGCGAAGACGUAUUUCCAACCUUCUUGGAAUGCCUGCGAACUCUAAAGUACGGGCAGCUAGCAAGUGCUAUGGAAGCCGAAUGGAAGAAGAAGGGAGGCAAGGGACCCACUGAAUCGGGAAACACCUUACCUUCAAAUGGAGCUCCUCAAGCAAGUGGAAUAUCCAAGCCAGAUUUGAAGCCUGUCGAUCUGGAUGACAUCCGCCGUGUGAAGGACGUGAUGAAGGACAGGAAUGUCGUCGUCAAAGUCGAUCUCUUCGUCGACGUCCUCGUGAAGAAGAGGCUCCUGUCCGUGGUGGAGGAGAAGGAGAUCAGGGAGACGCGAGGCCACAACGCCAAGAUCGACGCCAUUUUCGACAUCCUCCUCGAAUUAGAUGCCGAGGAGGUCUAUGAGAAACUCAUCGAUACCUUCAAAGAGAUGAAGCGUAAUGAUAUCAUCAAGAAGAUCCAAGGAGCCUGAACAAUUCUCCUUUUUUAUCUCAAAUUUUGGCAAAUUGGCCAACAAAGAAAACUGAUGGG